ACUGCAUCGUCUAGCCUCCAUUUUGCUCUCGUGUGCGUGCCUGUGUUGUGUGUGUAUGUGUGGUGCGCGCGCAGUGUAGGUGUAAACUGGAAGAGAACACAGGACGGGAAGCGGACGCGCUGUGAAAGCUCUACAGAAAUGGACGGCAUCAGUGAUGUUGCAGUUGGCGUGAAGAGAGGUUCAGAUGAGCUAAGUAUGUACAACAGUCCCAACUCUGGCAUGAGCAGUAGCAGUGAUGGGGCUUCCAAUGGCAGUGACAGUAAAAAGCUCAGGGUGGAGGAGGCCCCUCCAUCCCGUGUGCUCCACAUCAGGAAGCUGCCCAACGAGGCCUCAGAGACAGAAGUCAUCGCCCUUGGCUUGCCUUUUGGCAAAGUCACCAACAUCCUCACACUAAAGGGAAAGAACCAGGCAUUCUUGGAGAUGGGGACAGAGGAGGCAGCCAUCACUAUGAUUAACUACUAUACCACAGUAACUCCUCAUAUCCGCAAUAUCCCCAUCUUUAUUCAGUACUCCAAUCACAAGGAACUCAAAACCGAUGCUGGAAAUCAGCGGACCCAGGCAGUGCUGCAGGCAGUGUCAGCAGUCCAGUCUGGUGGCUCUCCGAGCUCAGACGUUCAGGAGGCCCUCGCAGCAGCCUCCAGUCCCGUGCUGCGCAUCAUCAUCGACAACAUGUUCUACCCAGUAACGCUGGAUGUGCUGCAACAGAUUUUCUCCAAGUUUGGCACAGUUAUGAAGAUAAUCACAUUUACCAAGAACAAUCAGUUCCAGGCCCUUCUACAGUUCAGUGAUCCUGUUAACGCACAGCAAGCAAAACUGGCAUUGGAUGGUCAGAACAUAUACAACUCGUGCUGCACACUGCGUAUCGACUUCUCCAAGUUGGUUAACCUAAAUGUCAAGUACAACAAUGAUAAGAGUCGUGACUACACACGACCUGAGCUUCCCGCUGGUGACGGACAGCCCAGCCUCGACUCCACGGUGGCCGCUGCGUAUAGUAAAGAUUCCAAUUCUCUCCUCGGUAAGAUCCCAGGAGCCCUGAGCCCUCUGAGCGCUGCAGCCGCGGCUGCUGCUGCUGCAGGGAGGGUGGCCCUGGCUGGACAGACAGGGUCCAGUGGGGUCCUGCUGGUCAGCAACCUCAAUGAGGAGAUGGUUACGCCCCAAAGUCUGUUUACCCUCUUCGGAGUGUAUGGUGAUGUCCAGAGGGUAAAAAUACUCUACAAUAAGAAGGACAGCGCUCUCAUUCAGAUGUCAGACGCCAACCAGGCCCAGCUAGCAAUGAGCCACCUGAACGGUCAGAAGGUGUAUGGGAAGAUCAUCCGAGUGACCCUGUCCAAGCAUCAGACGGUGGCGCUUCCCCGUGAUGGCCUGGAUGACCAGGGCCUGACCAAGGACUUUGCCAAUUCUCCACUCCAUCGCUUUAAGAAACCAGGAUCCAAAAACUUCCAGAACAUCUUUCCGCCCUCUGCCACCCUCCACCUCUCCAACAUCCCACAAGAUGUGACGGAGGAUGACCUGCGACUGCUCUUCUCCAACGCUGGAGGCACUGUGAAAGCAUUCAAGUUUUUCCAGGAUCGUAAAAUGGCUUUGAUUCAGAUGUCAACAGUGGAGGAGGCCAUCCAGGCUUUGAUUGACCUUCACAACUACAACAUGGGAGGCAACCAGCACCUGAGAGUGUCCUUCUCCAAAUCCACCAUUUGAGAGAGGGACCCACAAACUGCUGAGAGUAGAGUGGUUCACCGUCUCUGAGCCGGUCAGAAAUCUUUCAGACUGUCUGGACAUUGGGGGGGAGGGGCACAUUAUUGAAAUAGUUUUGUUGUUGGGGUUUUGUUGAUCCUGUCAUUCCUUGAGAGACACUGGAACCUCUGACAUGCAUCCUUUUUUAAAAAGAGAACAAUUAAGUGUGUUUCAAAUACUGGAUCAUCCCAGCUAUUAACUGUACCUCUGUAUUAUUGAAUAUUGACAUGAUUGAUUGUCCCCCUGUAUGAUAGUUUGGUGUAGAUUAAUGUUUAAUUCUUGAUUUAGUUAAACGAUUCAGUACUCAUGUGCCUUACUUGACAUUAUCAACUGUUUAAUGGACAUCUUCAUUAACACCCUCCUUUGCUUUUGAGGCACAUUGGUAUUGCAUAUUAUUUUUGGGGGUUGGUGUGAAUGCAAGCUGUUUUUUACGUAGACGUUAUUGCAGUUUUUUUAAAAGCUAUGCUACCAACAGGCCAAGCUUUUUUUGUUUUGUGUCAGAGUUUUAGAUUCUUAACAUUUUUUAUUAGUUUAGAAGCAGAAGAGAGGAAUGUACCUGAGGCAACACUUCAGAGUUUUUACAAAGCCUGCUACAGGCAGUUUAACUUGAAUUCCAUUAUUCCAGGGAUUUUCAAAGUCUGAGAGUGAGUCUCCUCUCAGCCAAAAGAAACAACGCCUGCAUACCACACUGAACUCUACUGGCUUAGGUUUCUCCCAGACAAGUUUGUAAAUAUCUCGCUAUGGAUAUUUCACAUAGUAAUGAUCUCCUUUUGUUAAUGUAAUAACUUAUAUCAUGUAUUUUCACUUCCAUUCACUUACCCUCCCCCAUGGGAUGGUCCACCUCCCACUUUGAAAACCCCUGCAUUAUUCCACAAGUAUGUUCGGUCUAAGAUAUCCCCCGCAGUUUGGACUUGCCAGCUCACACUCAAGAUGAACCAUCUUAAUGUAGCUCAUGGCUGAGUAUUUCUUUAUCUGUGUUUUUGAAGCCUAUCCUGCUUUUUCCACAUCAGUGAGGUGUAAUUGUCAGUGGCAAUGGUUUUUCUAAGCAUGUUUAUUGACAAUAGGAUCUGGCAUCACUCUGAUUUCAUUGUCAUUUGACAGUUUACUAGCGAGGGCUACUCGGUUGGACCAAAGUUUCUGUGCCUUCAGUGUUGCUUUAAAUCUUUAGAAAACUAGCUUUUCAGAACAAAGAAAUGUUGCAUUUCAGGAAGAAGAAAAAUCAUGUGUCAAGAUAAAUCCCACUUCUUUCUUUUGAUACAAGAAUUCCUCUAGACAUGAGAUGUUUUCUCAGAAAUAAUAGUUAUGUAUAUUUUUCCCUCCAGGUCAGAUUUUAUACAGUUCAUCGUGUAAGAUUUGGUAUAGUUCUGAGGCACAAUUAAAGGAUGAAUUGUUUUCUAACAAGGGGAGGUGCGACUUGGUUUCCUGCUUUUUGAGUUUUCCUUCUCAUGGUCUCUUGUGUACACUGCAUUAUCUCUGUAGCAUGUCUAAUAAAACUCUUCUGUAGCUCUGCAUUCUACUCCUCUGUCUCUCCUCUCUUCUGUCCGUUCCGCUCACUCCUGAAACUAGCUCAGUCCCAGGGUGGGAAGGAAGCCAAACUCCAUUUUGGAGCCACUUGACAAACAAGCUCUAAUAAACAGAUUGAGCCCUCUGAUGGUUCUAAUUCACAGGACAAAGAGGUGUGUUUUCUUGAUGCAUUUCCCACCCUGCCAACUGACACAAUCUAUUCCUCUGAUGUCUUGCUCUUCUCUCUGCUGGUAGAUUCCUAUUUUCUAAUCAGUCUUGAAGGGCCUCUGCUCUCCUGACAAUCUCUCUGAUAUAUCUACUUGCUCUCACACCUUUUAGCAAAUGCUUAAAUGGCCUCAUUUGUCGGUUUUCCAAACCUUCUGAACGUUAUGCUAAUGCCGGCUUUGGAGCAUCUUUAGAGUAACUUGGCUACAGACGUGAGCGUUGGAUGGAAUUAGUAAAGUCAGGGAACGCCUCCUUGUAGUGCUGGAUGCAGCUUUGGUCUUUUAACAGAGCACUCCAGCCCUAAAUACUUUGAAUAGGGUGACAUGUAUUGCUGAGCGCCGUCAUGGUUCUGACGGUUGGUUUGGCUUGUGUUGUGAGUGGUAGAAGUUAAAACAAAGUUCAAGGGGCAGCACAUGUACCAGCCAAUCAAAUCACAUACAUGCUAAAUGCAUUGACUUGUCAUGGUGGCAAAACCAGUUUAUACAUGCAUACGUUAGUGAAAACUAAAAACUCUGUUUUUAUAUAAUGCUUUUCUAGUCUUGAUGGCCACUCAAUGCACUUUACAUUACAGUUUUGCCAUCCACUUGUACAGUGCUUUCUCUAUCAAACAUCAGGAGCAAUUUGGGGGCAUCAUCCUGGCAUGCGGAAUAGGGGAGAUGGGGAUCGAACAGCUGAACAUGUUUCCCUGUUCAUAAAACACAAAUACUGUAAGGAUUUCAAUAUUUUAACUAUAGUCUCUGACUGUACUCUUAACAAUAAAGAUAUAAGCAGUUUGAGCCAGAUAAGGCCUUCACACAAAUGAUUUAUAAAUAACCCUUGCUGCAUAGUGUUAAUAAUAAUCUUUUAAUUGUUCUAAAUUCUAACUUAUGUUAUUAAAGCAUAAUUCCAGUAAUUGAAGGAAGUGUCCCAUCUGGGGAAGUUCGGAGUGACAUUGUUGGUACGUUAUUUUGGUUAAGUUGUUUUGAAUGUCUGUACAAACAGAAUGUACAGCCGAUAUAGCAGGUACACAAUAAUACCUUUUCUCCAACAACAACAGUUUGGCCCUCAUGGCAUCAGCUGUGUCAAAGCCUUUGGAGUGUCUCCUGUUCACUUCCUUAUUCCAAUGCCAAGAGGAUGGACUACGCGUGCACACUUUCGAGGAGGAAGAACCAAGACCUACUGUUAUAAAAUCUUACAGACGCCGGCUGUUCGAUGUGUUCUGAUGGGUCUGGUGUUCUGAUGCGACUCGAGGCUUCCCCAGGGCUGCUAGAGUUCUGGGGUAGUGUGUUGGAUGCCCAUUGCUUUGCUGAUUGAAACCUUUCAUUGUUUUCUAAAUAAAUACUUGAUUGAACAAACCGA